UGCAGGCUAGAUAUUGAAUCCAAGGCACUUUACAAAUCACGGGACGCAGAUGACAUGAUGACUUGUGAGAGACGCCUUUUUGACCGUUUUUGUUUAAUCGCAGUCAUUGUGUACCCAAUGAUGCUGUGGAAAAGAGAAAGUGUUACGUGUAUGUCUUUUAUGAUCAUCAACGUUUGUUGUGGUUCUACUGUCCUUCAGAAGGAACGAUUCCCCCAAGGUAUGGACUCUUGUGGACAACGUAUUCUUCACUCAACAACCAGUAAUUACUAUGGAAUGGCUAUUACAAGAAACAAUGUGAUAGACAAGCGAAUAGUGGGUGGGAGAGUAAGCAGUGACGGUGCAUGGCCUUGGCAGGUUGCUUUAAUGCUGGAUGAUGUCCAAGUGUGUGCAGGCUCAAUUAUCAGACCUAACUGGGUUUUAACUGCUUGCCAUUGUUUCACAGAUUAUCGGUCAACAAAGGAUCCAACUCGCUGGAAAGUUAAACUUGGUGCCAAUCCUCUUUCAUCAGAGUCGAAAGAGUUUCAACAAGUGAGAGGAGUAAAGAACAUCAUCGUGCACCCAAAGUACUGGGGUAAAACUGUUCAAGGUGUGCUUAUUCAGCCUCCAGAUUAUGAUGUAGCUCUUCUUGAACUUUCAAGCCCAGUGACCUAUAACAGUUUUGUGCGACCUAUCUGUCUCCCCGUGAAUGGCUUAGUAUUCCCCCCCGGGAAAAUCUGCUAUGUGACAGGAUGGGGAUCAAAGGGAUGGAACAAGCCGCCGUCGGAGUUUUUGCAAGAAGCUCCGGUACGCUUAGUUUCGCGAACGGAAUGUAACAAAAAGAAAUCCUACGAUGGGACUGUUCCAAAGACGGCUUUGUGCGCCGGAUACAAGGAUGGAGGGAUUGAUGCAUGUCAAAAAGAUAGCGGUGGACCGCUAGCUUGUGAAUAUGAAGGACAGUGGUACCUCGUGGGCGUCAUAUCAUGGGGAAAACAUUGUGCAGUCCCAAAUAAAUACGGCGUUUAUACUGACGUGCGAGUUCUAAACUCUUGGAUUACUAGAGUUGUACAGUAGUUUUAAUACCAUGAAUUUACGAGUGUAUGUGGCAGUUAAACGAGAAGUGAUUGUCGAUUACUUUUCCCAGUGAGCAUGCCCAUUCAGCCAGAACAAGCAAGCAAAGUUUCAUUUGGGAAAGGGUUUCUAACAUGAGUAGCGUUCUAUUUCCAUUGAAAAGAUUCAAGGAUAAAGUUUCAAAAUCUAUUCUAGCUGUAGAAGUAGGCAAUGACCAACUAUUUUCUUGAAGUUCUCGCUUUCUAAGAGGAACGAUUACAGGAGGGGGUUAUAAUUAAAUUUUCAUGUGUUUUUGUUUCAUAUGCCCAUGUGUGACACAUUAAUUAUUCCCACAUUGGGAGUUUUUGCAAAACAGAAUUACACAGCAGUUAAAAUACUUAUAAAAAUUGAGGACUACAUAUCUCAAAUUUACAUUUCUCUUUGAGUUUCCCUUUCCCGCUUGAAGAGAAGAGUACUCUCGGUACUGAGAUAGUUGAUUUAGUCAUAGGUUUACAGACUGCAGGUCUAAAGGUGGGUACAAUGUGAAGACUGAAACGUAAAGCGCUUUCGAAUAAUAAUAAUAAAAAAAAGAUGGAGUCCAGCCCAGAGAACAUAGUGGAAAUCUUUUCGCCUAAACAGUGUAAAACGACAGAAAACGAAUAAAGAA